AUGAAGGUCUUUUCCAACCAGGUCACCUACGACUACUCGUGGGACGAGGUGUCCACGGCCAACUGGCGCAAGUACGGCCCAUGGAACAACAAGUCUGAGCACGUCAUCGCCGUCGACACGCUCUCGCGACGAGUCGACCCCGAGACCGGCAUCCUGCGCACCGAGCGCCUCAUCACAUGCAAGCAGGCCGCCCCCGACUGGAUCAAGUCGCUGCUGGGCGGCAACAUGGAGGAGAGCUUCGUCUACGAGGCCAGCUACGUCGACCCGCAGAACAAGACGGUGACAAUGGUCAGCCAGAACGUGACGUGGAGCAACCUGGUCCGCGUGCAAGAGGAGGUCGUCUACAAGCCCCUGAGCGACCACCAGACGCAGUUCCUGCAGAGCGCCCGCAUCACCGCCCUGUGCGGCGGCUGGCAGCGCAUCAAGAACAGCAUCGAGGACACGCUGUGCACGCGCUUCAAGGAGAACGCCGUCAAGGGCCGCGAGGGCUUUGAGCGCGUUCUCGAGAUGAGCCGCAUCGUCUUUGCUGAGGAGAAGGAGAGGCUGCAGCAGCAGAAGAUGAUGCUCAUGUAA